AUGGUUACUUUCAGCCCCCAACCGUCUUUUCAUCUAUGCCCCGACUUCAACAUCCCCCCGCCACCCGAUGGCCAUCUCGAGCUGGGCUCUGUGCUGCGAGGCAUCGACCUGAACAGCGUCCUUUCCCCGCUCGAUUGUGGUGAUACCGUUGAGAUCCCCGCUUCCCAGCCACUGUUCCGCUCCGAGAAGACGGGUUUCAGUCGCACCCUGAAGGAGCUGAGAGGCAUCGAGGGCAGCAUCUGGGCCAAGAUUUUUGGCAGCGACGGACUGGGCGCAAUGUUCUCAUUCUUGCGUAAGCGCGAGAAUGACGAAAUCCUGACAGUCCAGAAGCUUCUCGUCCAGUACUUUAUCCCUACGCCUGAGUACAUGAAGCAAGCCCUUGAGAUCGACAAUGUAGCUUUUCACAUCAACAACACGAAGAGAAAGAAGCCGGUUUACCUCGUCACUGGACUAAUGUGGACUGAGGGCGCCAAGUUAUCCAAGGUCCUGUCCAAGAAGAGCCAGGUCAACAGCCAGGCCGCUGCGACUGACCCGCAUUCUGGCACCACUGCCGGCGCGACCGCCUCGUACGAGAACGAGGAGAGCCACGCUUCAAGCUUUGAUGGAUCUACCCCGUUUAUCCUGGGCAUUAGGGUCCGGAAGAUCUGGUGGGACAAGGACGGGGUGAGGCAGGAGGAGCAAGACAUUAUUGGAGCAACACUCGGCGAUUCUAAGACGAUAAAUGAGGGAAUUCUGGGAGGGCUGAGGUAUGUCGACGAUGAAGCUGCUGGAGUGCCCGGACAAAAUAUCGUGGACGAGAGUCAACAGGGAGUGGUAGACCCCGUCACUUGGAUCCUGCCCUGA